AUGAUGGAACCAGGUUUGACGUGCUUUUUUAUGACGUCAAGAAGCGUUUCACUGUCCCGUUUUUCAACAGGAACAGCGAAAACGCGUCUCUUCUUCGUCUUUUUCACACCGCCAACAACCCAGACUCCAUCUACAAGGUGCUCUCUAUGGUACUUCCGUUUGCCUAUUUUGGUUUCAUCUAUUUCCACAAUGAUGCCUUUUCCACCGAUAACACAAUCUUCGGUAUCUAAAGCAUCCGCCACAAGUUAG